ACGCGCUACGACGACAUUGGCGAGGCUCGUCGAGCUUCUUGUCCUCUCGACGACCGGUGAGAUCUGGUGUUGAUUGACGUACGACUUCGAAUAGGGCAAUGCGGUACUCUCGACUAUCCGCCGUACGCGAGACAGCGGCGAGGGCAGCGCGCAGACGGCAACGGCAUGUCAAGCUCAUAGCAAGCAAGACAGGCGAGACCCGUGCGCAGACACCCAGGGACGCAGCGAUCGAACAGCUUGCGGCUUUGAUCACUAGUACCUGGAAUAGCAUACCGGGGGAACAAUGUCGACGUCGGAAUAGGCAGAUCCUGGUCGCGGAACAAGGCUCAACCUGGCUCAACGUAGCUCACGACGGCUCAACCCUGGGAAAGCGAUUGCACACCGAUCGCGCACCUCAUUCUCAUGCCCCGGCAAAGCACACAGACCAACAUCCAAUGCGACAACGCGACGAUGCGAAGAUGCGGGCAGACGUCAAACUUACACACAUCGAUGCCCACGGCAUUCCCCAUUGCUCGCUCCUGCUCGCUCGACGCUCACGUCAAGUCGACAGCUCAGCGAGGGGAUCGUGACGAGGCGUGCGCAUUGAGUUCGCAUCGAGGCGAAGACGACGACGACAAAGACCUUCCCAUGGCGGUCGCACAGGCUUGAAGCCGCGUGUUGUAUGGGACAACAAUCUACCUUGGCUCACUCUGCCAUCCAGGUCUCGCAAAGGGUACAAGAACCCCCCUCGCUCACCCGUCUCUCCAACUUUUUUACCAUCUCUCCAAGCCUCUCUUCUCUCCACAGCGCCUAGCCAGCCUUUUCUCUCCCCACUCUCUUUAAGCCAAGCCAAGCCAAGCCCUCCCCUCUUCCAACC